AUGUCGAACGAUAGCAAAGCCGCAGCCGAUAUGUGCCGGGUGGUCGUCACUGUGGCCUGUUGUUUGUUGCUGGUGGCAGGCCCGUGGACGCCUCCGCCGGUCGACGGCAUGAGGGUGUUGGCCGUGGAAACGAUCGCGGGCAAGAGCCACUGGAACUUCAUGCGGGCCGUGCUCCGGGCACUCACUGACGCCGGGCACACGGUCACAGUGUUCACGCCGUUCCCGGACGGCGAACGAGACAACUACACGGAGGUGGACACAUCCGCUGCGUUUCGCAUGAAGCUGGACGUAGACCUGGCCGAGGUGCUGGAGAAGUUCGUCGAACCGUCGGCCUUCCUGCCGCUGCUCGUCACCGUCAGCCGGUCUCUGUGCGACGCCAUAUUCCAGGACGAACGCAUGAAAGCCGCGAUGCGGCCGCGGACCGACCGCGGUGGUUACGACGUGGUCAUCGUUGAACCUAUGGGUUCAGAAUGCGUCUCGCAUGCGGCCACCGUGCUAGGACUGCCACUGGUGUUCGUAGUCCCUUCGCCGAUGAUCAGCUACCAAGAGGGCUCGUUCCUGGGACACGUCCCGAACCCGGCCGUCGUGUCCCACUUGUUAGCAAACCACGCUGUGCCCCGCUCGUUCGUCCAGCGGUUCAGCAACGCCGUACUGUCGGCAUACAGUGUGUUCGUCGUCCGGUACACAGAGUGGUCAUUGAAGCGCGCCGAUCCGACAAAACCUUACGACACCCUGGCGCCCGUCCGUCCGUCCGCGGUGUUCGUCAACAGCCAUUUCGCCACCGAAGCAUCCAGGCCUGUACCGCCGAACUUCGUACACGUCGGAGGACUGCAUUUGGAAAAGCCAAUGAGCUUGCCUACAGAUAUUUUAGAAUUCAUAGACGAAUCAUCUAAUGGGGUGAUUUACUUUACUUUUGGUUCAGUCGUGAAAAUGUCAACGAUGCCGGAUUAUAUUCAAAAAUCAUUUAAAGAAGCAUUAGCUCAAGUCCCUCAAAGAGUUUUAUGGAAAUAUGAAGGUGAAAUGGAGGACAUACCACCAAACGUGAUGAUAAAAAAAUGGUUUCCUCAACGUGACAUACUUUUGCACCCCAAAGUAAAAUUAUUUAUCAGCCACGGAGGUAUAUCCGGUGUUUAUGAAACUGUGGAUGCUGGCGUUCCAGUUCUCGGAUUUCCGUUGUUUUAUGAUCAACACAAAAAUAUUGCCAAUUUAGUUGAUGCUGGGAUGGCGAUUUCUAUGGAACUGCUAUCUGUAUCUACAGAUAAGGUUUUAAAUUCUAUUUUGGAACUCAUUAACGAUGAAAAAUACUCGAUAAAUGCUAAAAUCACUUCUGAACGACUUAAGGACCGGCCGAUGUCACCAGAAAAAUUGAUUGUGUACUGGACGGAGUAUAUACAUCGUCAUAACGGAGCACCACACUUGAAAUCACAUGCUUUUAAUCUAACGUGGUAUCAGUACUUUCUCUUAGACGUGAUUGCUGCAGUAUUAAUUUUAACUUUAAUAAUUUCAUUCAUGUGCUAUAUAGUUAUUAAAAUUAUUUAUAAGUACAGUCUGAAGCAUAUAAUGUACAACUUUAAACCAAAAACAGAAAAAUUGUCUUAG